UUAAUUCAAUUCAUCAUACUCCCUCCCAUGAACAAAAGGAAUGUGAGUAUUAAUACAUCACCAUCCCCAUCCCUAUCUCAUUAAUCUCAUUUAAUCCAACCCACAAAUUCAUUUUCUUUAAUUUAUUCAAAGAAAACAAAAACAUAAAGCUAUAUGGACAAUUUAAGAGAAAUACAAGGUAAAAUGGCUCAUGAUCCCCACUAUGAUUAUCCAUAUUGUAAAUGGAAACGUCAAGUAUGGGUUCACGGCCCAGUUAUAGUCGGUGCAGGCCCAUCUGGGCUUGCAGCGGCCGCUUGCUUGAAAGAGCAAGGUGUCCCUAGUGUCGUUAUCGAACGAUCAAACUGUAUCGCAUCACUUUGGCAGCUCAAAACCUAUGACCGUCUUCGGUUACACCUUCCCAAAAAGUUUUGUGAAUUACCACUUAUGCCCUUCCCUAAGGACUUUCCAACGUACCCCGAUAAACAACAGUUUGUUGAGUACUUAGAAGCGUACGCGAAAAGGUUUAGAAUUGAGCCGGUUUUUGAGCAAAGUGUAGAAAGUGCCAUGUAUGAUGCAAGUAUAGGGAUGUGGAGAGUGAAGAGUGUCGGGUUGAAAGCAGGGGAGGAGAUGGAGUAUGUUUGCCGGUGGUUAGUGGUGGCUACCGGGGAGAAUGCGGAGGCUGUGGUGCCGGAAAUUGAUGGGAUUAUGGAUUUCAAUGGUGAGGUGAAACAUACAUCGGAAUACAAAAGUGGAAGUGUAUAUAAAGGGAAGAAAGUGUUGGUGGUUGGUUGUGGAAAUUCAGGAAUGGAAGUGUGUUUAGAUCUUUGCAAUCAUAAUGCCAAACCUUCACUUGUUGUAAGGGAUGCUGUUCAUGUCCUACCACGAGAUAUGCUGGGAAAAUCAACUUUUGGGUUGUCAAUGUGGUUGCUCAAGUGGCUACCAAUGAGAUUCGUUGACCGGAUUCUGUUGAUCGUGUCAUGGCUAGUACUCGGAAGCACAGCUAAGUUUGGACUUGACCGGCCAUCGAUGGGACCGCUCGAGCUCAAAAACCUGUCUGGAAAGACACCCGUGUUGGAUGUUGGGGCCCUAGCCAAAAUCAAAAGUGGAAACAUUAAGAUUUGCCCGGGCAUUGAACGAAUUGGACGUCUUGGUGUACAAUUUGUGAAUGGGAAAAUAGAGAAUUUUGAUGCAAUUAUUUUUGCAACAGGAUACAAAAGUAAUGUACCAUCUUGGCUAAAGGAGGGAGAGAUGUUCUCUGAGAAAGAUGGGUAUCCUCGAAGACCAUUUCCGAACGGUUGGAAAGGUGCAUUCGGGCUAUACGCUGUAGGGUUCACUAAGCGUGGUUUGCUUGGUGCAUCGGCGGAUUCUAAACGAAUAGCAGAAGACAUUGGUAGAUAUUGGAAAGUAGAAGGCAACCAAAACAUCUUACUUUGACAAAUAAAUAGUUGUUCUCAUUGCAACCAUAAUUUUGUAUUCUUUUUGAGGCGAGAUCGUUUUUUAAAAAAAAAUUAUAUAUAAUCUUUUGUUAGUACAACAAAAAAUUAAAGUUGUUUUAAUUAGAAAAAUUACAUGAUUUUAGAGAGGGAACAUAGAUUGUUUGGCUCUUUACUUUUUAAUUAGGUU